AUGGACGCUCUCCCUGGGGAAGUCCUCCUCAUCAUCUUGUCGUUCCUCGAGCCCCCGGAAAUCACCAAUCUCCAGCUCGUCUCCCGCGGCUUCUGCAGCCUCGCCCGCGACAAUGGCUUCUGGCGCGCCCGCUGCCUCGAAGAAUCCUCCUUCCUAGAGACCCUCGACCGCCGCCGCCGUUACCACGGCCUCCCCGACGCAACCGCCUCACAAAUCACCACCAUCCCAACACCCCGCAGCAACGGGGAGCUCAGCCUCGGCCUCAGCACGGCCCCAACCAGCCACAACACCACCAACCCGAACAACGACGCGAGCAGCAGCGGCAACGCCACCAACCAACGACCCCCCCCAUCGCAAUACACCAACACGACAACCGCCUCCUCGGUUCUCAGCCGCGGCGAGCUGCGCGGGCGCGAGCGCGAGCGCGUGCGCAUCCUAGCCAACUGGGACCCCUGCUUCCCCUCGGAGCGCGUCUCGUGGUACGACGAGUACAUCCAGCGGCAGGGCCCCGUCGCAGUCAACUGGAUGCAGUGCGCCUAUGAUUACGACUACGACUACGACUACGGCGGCUACGACUACGACGCUGACGUCGGCGAUGGUGAUGGUGAUGGUGGCAAGAGCAAGGGGAGACGGCGCGUGUCCGCCGCCGACCAUGUCGAGGCCCGCGGCGUGGCGCUGUACUACCCCGAUGGGGAGGAUGCGGAGACGGUGCUGGCUGUGUCGCCGCUGGAUGAUGGGGGCGUGGCGAUGUGGGAUGUGGCGGGGACGAGGGGGAGGAGGGGGGCGAUCGUGGCGCGGAGCAGGCCCGGGAUAUUGUUUAUUGAUGGGCCCGGGGCGGAUAAUAGUAGGAGGUCGAAGAGGAUCGAUUCUGGGGUGACCGAGUGCGUCAGCGUGGAUAGUCGACAGCAUCGGGCCUUCUUUGCUGUGCAGAGUCCAUUAUCCGCGGCGAGCCCGACUGUUCCGCUCACCGUUGGAACUAGCCUUGGGAUACAUUUGCACGACUACCGGGCGCGCAAACCACCACGGAACGACCAUAAUGAGACAGUCGACGGGUUCGAGAAGAUGGGCGCCAAAGAGUUCUACGAGCGCAGCCUGCGACAGAUAUUCAGCGAUGACCCGUUACCCCUUUAUGCGUCGCUAUCCCAACCGGGGCCGCUAAGCAUUCUCCAUCUCCAGCAGCCGGGUCAGGAAGCAGAGCUAUCAGAUGACAUCUACGUGGCGGGCCGGUUCUCCAACAUCCUGCACUACGACCGGCGCAAGUUCCCGUCCAUCCGGGGCUCGAUCCAUUCGGGCGGCCGGCUCUGCAGUAUGACCUCCCUGCCUUACCCGUUCUCGACCCUCGACAGCGAGCUGCGACGCAUGGGUGAGCUUUCACUGGAGCAGGUGGAAGCCUCCAAGAGCGUCACCGGCGGCAGGACGUUGAUCGCUUGCGGCGAGUACAACACCAAGGGGUCGCUCGAGCUCUACGGCUUGGCACCCGAGGCACUGCGAACGAGCGCGGCGGGUGGCUUGCAAAACUCAACCUUCAGGAACCGCCAGACAUCCUCCCAUUCCAAGCUGAUGUCGGUCGUGAAUCACGGCACGCGCAUCGCCUUUUCGGACGGGUCCGGCUACAUCAGGUGGUUCGAGCGGGACGGCUUCACCGAGGUGCGCCGCUGCAAGAUAGGCCACAGCGAGCGCAGCCACACCACCUCCAUUUUCGAGUCGAUGCCCGGGUCCGACGACAUAGCGAGGAAGCUGCUCCCGACGCGGCCAGCCGGCGAGGUUGGCCACGACGACAGCGAGAAUGGGAGCGGGCGGAGCAACAACAACGACCUGCUCUUUUGGACGGGCGAGAAGCUGGGGCUGGUCACCUUCACUGCGCGCCCUGGUUUCAGGUCCGAGGACUUUGAGGAGCGGGACGAGGAUGCGCCCGACGCCGAGGCGCUGGCCGCUCAGAGCGACUACAGCGAUAUGAUGCGGAGGGCGCUCGAACGGCAGGCGGACGACGUCAGGUUCGUGAGGAAUCUGGGGCUCGGCAGCGGGAUCCGGCCCACGUACGAAUGA